AUAUCGAUUGGACAGUCCCUUACACAACAACACUGCUCCACUGAUCAGUUCACAUCCAUUUGUCAAGAGUGCAAGACGUACUUCCCAAGUUUUCCAUCCCGUUUACCAGCGACAUGGAUGGUCCUGAUAUCUGGCAAAUUUUCGUCAGAGGACUAGAGGGAAAAACAAGUAUCAUAAGAAUCCACAAGGAUGCCACAGUGGAUGAACUGAUAAAGAAGAUCAGUGCGAAAAACAACAUCCCGCCUGAGACCCAGCGUAUAUUGUACACCACAAAGCAGCUGGAGUAUGGCCAGGGGAAAUAUCUCUCCGACUACCAAAUGCAGGAUCACUCCACUCUAUUUGUCGUCCUGCGGCUGCCUGGAGGCAGUUGUACCCCACAGAAUCAGCUGGUUGAGGAUGUGGAGAUGGUCGAUGCACCCAACAACACAAGGGGCAACAACACAGAAGGUAACAUUAACAACGCUGGUGGUGACAACACCACAUGCAACAACACCGAAGGCAACAACACUGGGAGUAACAACACUGGGGAAAACAACACUGAAAGCAACAACACUGGAGACAACAACACCGGAGGUAACAACACUGGGGAAAACAACACUAGAGACAACACACCACCUCCGCGGAAGACCCUGGACGAGGAUGUGGAGACCACCGAAGCUCCUGACAUGAUCAGCUGGGAGGAUGACCCCAACACUCCCCGCGCCAAGAUGUCCUGUGGACAUGCCAUCACCCCAGAGACACUCACCACCUACUGCGAGAGUCUCCUCAGUGCUGGGAAGUAUGUCUUCAAGUGCCCCUACAUCAGUCCAACAGGAGUGUAUUGUGGGAAGGAGUGGUCAUAUCUGGAGGUCCGUCGCCUUGCCGUCCUCACCCUGGAUGAGAAAAAGCAGUUCGAGAUCAAGAUCUCCGACAACUACCUCCGCAAGGGGAUGGGCAUCCAGGAAUGCCCCAAGUGUCACUCCAUGUGCGAGCGGGUCGACAAGAAAGACAAGCGUGUGGUGUGUCCGCUGUGUUCGGCCUCGGAUGGGGUGGAGUUCCACUUCUGCUGGUACUGCCUGCACGAGUGGGUGGGGAGAAGGGUCGACAAGUGCAACAACGCAGACUGCAACGGGGAGGACAAGCGUCUGAAGAUCCUCCGCGAAUGCAAGAAGAAGAGCAUCGUGGGCGUGUCAAACUGUCCCGCCAUCAGGGCCUGCCUGACGUGUGGCAUGCUCAUCGAACACGACAGGGCCUGCAAGCACAUGGCCUGCAUCUGUGGCCAGAAGUUCUGCUUCAUCUGCCUGAAGCCUGCUGUCAGUGGGAGCUACCAGUGCGGCACGUACAACAGCCCGUGUGUGGUCGCCCCCGUGCAGACAACCAUCCCUGGGGAUAACUGAGACGACCGAGGAACGCAGUUCUCUUAUGUUAUUGUUCCACAUGUCUUCAUCCAAAGAGGGACUUCUUAUCUACCAAAAUUUAUUGGAAAUAUAUGUCUAAAAACCUAACCUAAACCUUAAAGCCUAAUCAAAAACCGAGAAACACAGUUCUCGUAUGUUAUUGUUCCACAUGUCUUCAUCUACAGAGAGACUUCUCAUCUACCAAAAUUGAUUGGAAAUAUAUGUUUCUAUUAAAACCUAAGUUCAAAAUUUGGGUCCAAACAAUCAAUGAUUUUAGCCUCCUUGUUACAUACCAAAAAGAAUAGCUGAAAAUUUCUUCAGUAGCAUUUGCCUCAUAAGUUUUUAUUUUUGCACUGUAUUGUUGGUACUAGUACAUUUAUGUUUUAUAGUGAUUUAGAGUUGUUAAAUUUGCUUUUACCAUUGAAAGAAAACCAUAAGAAUUCUGAAGUGAGAAAAUCAGUUAGCAAAUAGAUCUCUUGUUGACUAAUUUCAAACUUAAAACUAAUGUUUCUUCAUCUGCUGUACCAAAAAAAGGACCCUGUCCCAGUUUGCUCUUAAGUCCUAAAUUGUGUUGACCUUGUCGUUCCGGUAACAUUAUGAAGUGUAUUGGUUCUUGUUAAUGCCUGUUUUCCCUGUUAUUAAAUGGUAGAUACUGUC